AAGCAGCUCUGCUGUACACAGAUGACAUUAAACUCCUGGAUAAGAGUGACAGACUCACUGAGCUCACUGCCUGCUUUAACAGAUACUUUAGGAUGAAUCUGGACAGUUGGACAAACCCAUCAUGUCAGCUCAAUGCUGACAAUCUGUACUUCCACUCCUCUCUAUCUGAUGCAUUCUGGAAUGAAGUGGAAAGUAUUUGGCAAGGAGGAAGCAUCUCACAGACAGAGGGUAGCAUGGGCUCUACCAGGCAGCCUGAGGAAGGGGAACUGGAAAAAGCCUGGCUUCAAGAUGCAGGUUUGUCAACUUUAAUUGGAGAGGACUGUGAAGACGUGGACAACAUGAUCCUGCUGUCGACUCUUACACGGACCCAGGCUGCAGCAGUGCAGCGACGACUGAACACAUACACUUGCUCUAUUAAAAAGAAACGCAAACAACCCAUCCCCGAUGUCCGUGACAUCUUCGGUUCAUCUAGUCUACAGAAAACUCUGCCUGAAACUGAAGACUCAAUUUCCAAUGACCAGCACCUUGAAGAAGUCAUGGGUGAUAUGCCACAGUGCCCAAUAGGAGAGAAAGAGGAGAUCUUCAUAACAGAUGUGCCAUACUGUGAGCAAGCUGCCCUCCUAGUAAAGCAGGGCAAAACUGCUGAUCAAGAUAAUCAAAGAAAGAAGAAUGAGGCCAUGACUUUACCUAAGCUAGUCUCUCCCAAGUACAGACUGGGGGUAACACGGAUCGGGGACUUGUCUUCACCAGAUGUCAAGAAGAUCCGUCAGCUGGCUCUCAUCGACAUGACUGCACUCUGUGAUCUUCUGCAAGUGGAACUAAAGAGAUCCAAGAGCAGCAGAAACAAGAUCUCUGAGGGCUGCCUGUUUGGUGUUCCCUUGGCCACACUGCUGGAAAAUGACCAAAAGAUCCAUUCCAAUGCGACCAUACCACUCCUCUUAGAAGAGAUGCUGUCCUUCCUGGAAGAAAAAGCCCUGGAUUCAGAAGGUAUUCUGAGAGUAUCAGGCUCCCAGUCCAGGAUUAAGAGUUUGCAGCAGAGACUAGAGAACACUUUCUACUUAGGGCUUUUCAAGUGGGAGGAAGUGAAUCCCAAUGAUGGAGCUGCACUUCUCAAGAAAUUCAUACGUGAUCUGCCAGUGCCUUUGUUAACUGCAGAGUAUCUUCACACUUUCAGUGCUGUUGGUGACAUUCCAUAUCUGCAGCAGAGGCUUCACGUUCUCAACCUUCUUGUGCUUCUCUUGCCAGAUCCCAACAGAAACACCCUAAAGGCCCUGCUUGAGUUUCUGAGGAAAGUGGUUUUGCAUGAGAAGUCCAACCGCAUGAACCUGUGGAGUGUCUCCACCAUCAUGGCACCUAACCUCUUCUUUCAUAAGAGUGUAGACACCAAGCUGAGUGGAGGACGUGAGAAAGUGCUGGCGGAGAGGGCAGCAGACAUCAUGAGGCUGCUACUCCAAUAUCAAGAUCUGCUGUGGACAAUUCCCUGUUUCCUGAUGUCUCAGGUGAGAAAGCUAAAUGAAAACAGCAGCCGCAGAUACCAGUUCUAUGACAGGAGGAUUAAAAAUCUACUGAAGAAAAUCUACAAUGAUCGGCACAAGGCACAAAAGUGCUCAGCAGAGCCUCACAGGACAGUGAAGAUCCAGACCGGCCUUCAGCAGAAUGAUGUUUUAAAGAUCGAGCUGAAUGUUGACUCUCUGGCUGCAGAUGUUCUAGAACAAUACCACAAGCAGUUGAAUUCGCAGGAGGCCAAUGCUGCCACAGGGUGCGGCAAUGGAUCUGUUGAGAAGCCAGAAAUUGCCCUUUAUGAAGUUGGUGGAAAUAUCGGGGAGCACUGUGUGGAUCCUACCACUUUUCUCUUAGACUUGUACAACAACAACCCAGGAGCCGAGUGGAUUAUAAAGCAACGACAGCCUGAUAACAAACGAGAAUGACUUUUGGUCACAAUGGCCCUCUGUGAAUUCCAAAAGUUCAGAGCUUAAAGACCUCAUAGUAGAGGACAGAGGAGUCAAGCUUGUUCAUGUUAUUCCAUCACCAGAUCCAAAGGAUGCCGUAAACGUUGAGUGUCAACAAGGAGCUCAGAGAGAGAGAGAGCUCAUUUGCUGUCUGGAAGCACCUCUGAUCACCACACUGCCUUUGAAUUCAAAAUAUCCACUGGUGACGAUAAGACCAAGGGGAUUUGAAUAGAAACAACUUGAAAACCCCAAAUAAAUAAA